AUGAAAUUAAAAUAGAUUUAUUAAUGGAACUAGAGACAUGUUCUGAUAAUAUUUUCAAUUGAUUAAAAAUACUAAUUAAAAAUUUGAAACUAAAGCAAUAACAUAAUAGUUAAUAAUAUAAAUAAGAACAAGAAAAAUAACAUGUAGAAGUAUUAUAUAAAUAAGGUAUUGAUAUGAUUUAUUUAGGUUAUAAAUUAUAUAAUGAUGAUAGACGUAAGGAAGCAAUAAGAUUUUUCGAUGCUGCAUUAUUCAUUAAUUCAAAGCAUUUCGAUUCAUUAUAUUAUAAAUGUAUAUAAAUUAUAGAUAAAUGUAUUAGCCUUGUGUUUAAUGUAAUUCAUUAUGAUUAUAAUUUGAAUAUAUAUAAAUUAAGUAAUUAUAAUGAUACAUUGAUAUUGGUUGAUAAAAUCUUGUCUAUUAAUUCAAAGCAUAUCGAUUCAAUAUCGACAAAAUUUAAUCAUUCAUUUCAAAUAUAGGUUAAACAAUAUAUAAUCAGUUUACAAUAGUUAAAAUUAUUAUGCACAAUUGGUAAAUAUGAGGAAGGUCUUAAGAUUAUUGACCAAGCAUUGAAUUUUAUACCAAAUAGUUAUUUCCCUUUAUACGUAAAAGGUUUGUUAUAUUUAUAUAGGUGAUUGCUUANAGCAUCUCAUAGCCACAAAGAAUGGAUGAAACCUAAAUAUUAUAAGGUGAAUUCAUGAUCUUUUUUUAUUAUAAGAAUCUAUAAAAUUUGCAGAUUCAUAUAUUUAUGGGGUAUUGA